AGUGAGCAGGAGCACGCAUCAAGGGACUGACUGGUGGAGCCUCCGUAGUGGCAGCAAAGGGCAUGGGGCGGCCAUGGAAGCAGCACGCGCGCUGACAUGCGUGGCUUUUCCCUCUCGUCUAGACAUUUCCCGCCUCGAAGAUCGACGUAUCAUUCCAUGUGCGCCCGCUAUUCGAUCGUCGCCUGUCAUGAUCUCUCCGCUCUUUUCGCCGUGUCGUCCGUUCACGACUGCAAUUGCAGGCAAUCGAUCGCGUCUCGUUACUGGUAGCCUCGUUGCGGGAAUUAGCGCAUGCGAUAUUGUAACUAGGCCUUCUACCGCCAGAUUUUCUGUCGCUGGAGGGGGAUACAGCUCGGGAUGUCGGCGAAUUGUGAUUGGUCGGAAUAGGAUAUCACCACGGGCGGAUAUCGAGGCGGAAACGGUCGAAUCGGCAUUCCCAGGGGCAGGGCUGGUCCAAUUGGCGCUACUCGUGGCGCGGACGCCCGCGCGGAAGGCGGAGGCAGCAUUGGGAAAGGACCAGGGAAACAUGAUUCUGGUAAAGCCGCGGAGGCGCAAGAUGAGGCGCGCGGGAAGAGAUCAGCGGAAGCGGAGGGACGGGGAUCUCCGAACAGGCUAAAGAGCGGAGCGGAGGGGGAUCUGUCGGGGCUGCUUAUACCGGGGCUGGUUCAAACGGGGACGUGGAGCGGCUGAUCUGGGAUGUGAGCGGGCGCGAUCUGGUGCAGGUAGCGCUGGAAGGCAGCAGCGCGAAAGACGGCCCGCGAUUCCUGGCGCC